AGUUUCACUUUUUUUAGGAUCUGUGGCUCUUUAGAACUUCAGCUUCAAACCUUUUACGCACAUGAAGAACCGACACAUGAGUCCAAUCUAACACGCUCUUUUUUGUGCUGUAAGAUUUUGUGUGUGUUGUAACUUUUUUCUUUGGCUGGGAAAAAUCUGGGGGCUGAACCAGGAGCCUGGGGAUCGAGUUACACUCUCAGAGGCCAGUUUUUUCCUCCUCCAUCUGAAAAGUGGGGGAUGGUGAUGAAGCCAUUCUGUACUUUCUUUGCAUUCUUUCUUAACGUCUUUCCGACGUGUUAUAGAUAUAGAUUUUGUUUGUUUGUUUGUUUGUUUUAUAUGUCAUAUUAUUUCUUAUUUUGCGCACUGAAAUGAAGCGCAGCCUGUGCGGCGAAAUGGAAUUUUUAGACUGCGGAAUAUAAGCAAGAAGGAGAGAAGAAACUACUGGAAGUUGUGAGGACAAAAAAAAAAAAUCCGCUAUUAUGUGUCCGAUCCUCGAACCAUGAGCUCGGGUUUGAUCUCGGAAACACUUUUGGUCGCAGGAAACUUUCACUGGCACCAUUUAAAUCAUCCGAAAUAAAAGAUCUUUAUUUAAAAAAAAUAUUUCUAUUUUUUUGUCGCUCUCCAAAAUGUCCUCCAGCACCAUUGUCGGGAUGCUUUGGGUUUGUGUUGGCACCCUGAUGGUCAGCCAGGCCGUGAUGUUACACAAAAAUGAAACAAUGUUCAACGAUUUUUGCAAGAAAACGACGACGUGUGAAGUGUUGAGGUACAAUACGUGUCUCGGGACGGCUUUACCGUACACGCACACGUCUCUGGUGCUGGCUGAAGACUCGGAGACGCAAGAAGAAGCUAUGGAGAAAUUGGUCAUGUGGUCUGGGUUAAAAAAUGCUCCUCGGUGCUGGGCGGUCAUUCAGCCGUUACUGUGUGCUGUUUACAUGCCCAAGUGUGAGAAUGGAAAAGUGGAACUUCCCAGCCAGACCCUGUGCCAGGCGACCCGCCAACCCUGCAGUAUAGUGGAGCGGGAGCGAGGGUGGCCCAGCUUUCUCAAGUGCGAGAAUACGGACAAGUUUCCUCUUGGUUGCCAGAAUGAGGUACAGAAAAUCAAAUUCAAUACAUCAGGACAGUGCGAGGCGCCUCUAGUGAAAACCGACAUCCAGACCAGCUGGUACAAGGACGUGGAAGGCUGUGGCAUUCAGUGUGACAAUCCGCUCUUCACGGAGGACGAACACUCGGACAUGCACGGCUACAUUGCCGCCUUCGGAUCGGUCACCCUGCUGUUCACUUUCUUCACAUUGGCAACGUUUCUUGCUGACUGGAAAAAUUCCAACCGCUACCCGGCUGUAAUCCUAUUUUACGUCAACGCCUGCUUUUUUGUCGGUAGCAUAGGGUGGCUCGCCCAGUUCAUGGACGGCGCUCGCAAAGAGAUUGUGUGCAAAAGUGACAACACCAUGCGGCUCGGAGAGCCUUCGUCGACAGAGACGCUUUCGUGUGUCAUCAUCUUCAUCAUCGUGUACUACUCCUUGAUGUCAGGUGUCAUCUGGUUUGUUAUGCUGACCUACGCCUGGCACACGUCUUUCAAAGCUCUUGGCACUACGCACCAACCUUUGUCUGGAAAGACAUCCUACUUCCACCUUGUCACAUGGUCCAUCCCGUUUAUCCUCACAGUGGCUAUACUGGCUAUCGCACAGGUCGAUGGAGACUCCGUUAGUGGAAUCUGCUUUGUCGGCUACAAAAACUACAGAUAUCGCGCUGGGUUUGUUCUGGCUCCGAUCGGUGUGGUACUCGUUAUCGGUGGCUAUUUUCUUGUUAGAGGUGUCAUGACGUUAUUUUCCAUCAAAAGUAACCAUCCAGGACUGCUGAGUGAAAAAGCAGCAAGUAAAAUCAAUGCGACGAUGCUGAGACUCGGCAUAUUUGGUUUUCUAGCUUUUUGUUUUGUUUUCAUCACUUUUGGAUGCCAUUUCUAUGAGUUCUUCAACCAGGCAGAGUGGGAAAGGAGCUUUCGGGAAUUUGUGCUAUGUGAAGCUAAUGUGACUAUAGCUCAGCAGGCCAAGAAGAAGGUCCCAGAAUGCAUCAUUAAAAAUCGGCCCAGUCUGAUGGUGGGGAAGAUUAACUUGUUCUCUAUGUUCGGCACCGGCAUUGCCAUGAGCACAUGGGUGUGGACCAAAGCCACUAUUCUCAUUUGGAAGCGCACCUGGUGUAGGAUAAUUGGACGGAGUGACGAUGAACCGAAGCGCAUCAAGAAGAGCAAGAUGAUAGCCAAAGCAUUCUCCAAGAGAAAGGAACUUCAAAUGGACCCGGAAAAAGAAUUGUCCUUCAGCAUGCACACGGUCUCCCAUGAAGGGCCUGUGGCGGGUAUAAACUUCGAUCUGAAUGAGCCGUCCAUGGAAAUGUCUUCUGCUUGGGCCCAGCACGUGACAAAGAUGGUGGCACGAAGAGGUGCCAUUUUACCUCAGGACAUCUCGGUUACUCCCACUGGGACACCUGUGCCACCUCCAGAAGAACGAAACAAACUCUGGAUGGUCGAAGCCGAUAUCUCUCCCGAGAUGAUAAAACGUAAGAAGAAAAAGAAGAAGAGGAAGAAGGAGGUGCGUACAGUAGUGCCUGCUGAAGAGGAUGUUAAUCCCCGGCACAGAGAGUUCGGUUCCAGCGCUGUCCCUCGUCUCCCCAAGCUCCCGGCGCAUCGCAGUCUCGUGGCUAACCUGUGGGACCGUCAACGGCAGCAAGAGGAGAACAUCCUUCCAGGCUCCUUCUCAGAAUUCCGUCCUUCCUGUCCCAUUCCGUACCAUGAGAGAUACGUUGGGCUUGGCCAUGUUUCAUCCAGUCAGCGCAGCAGGGAGCCUGGAUUUAACCCCUCCAACCUGCUGACGCUAAGCCAGUACGAGGGACAAGGUCAGUUUAAACAACCGGCCUGGCAGUCUAAUGGAUCUAACAAAGUGUUCCGCUAUUCAGGACAGGAGAUGCCUUCAUCAGUGGGUGCUGGCAGGACAGGCUUUACAACGCCUAGGUCAGAGGGCAAGAAACAGGUGAUCGCACCAAUCCACUCCAGAACCAACCUCAUGGAGGCAGAACUGAUGGACGCUGACUCUGAUUUUUGACAUUGUCUUGUAUUUUGUUGCUUGGUCCAAAAGUGCUGGAUACUUUGCACCACAAAUUGUUAGAAACAUGUAAGGCAGGGUUCCUGUCACUGGUCCGUGGGGCAUGUUUGUGUGGGAAGCGCCAUAACUCUUUCUUUAAUGUCACGAUAGAAUAGGCACCGAAAGGUUCUAUCUGAAUUCAACAGUAAAUUUUGCCAUCAUUAAUGCUAAGCUAUAAAAUUCUCUGCCGCACAUUGACCUUCAAAUCUGAGCUGUGUGUGUUGGGUAAUUUCAAGUGUGCGUCGACGUACGGAGAGAUAGAGCUGACAAAGCUUUGACUCUUUGACCGAAAAAUCAAGAACAAGAAAAUUGGAACGUCUUCACAACGUUUUCAUAAAUAGUAUGCUGUAGUUCUCCAGUGAGGUCACUCAAAGUAUUGCUAAUUUAAAUUGAUACGCAUGCUAAUAAUAUUAUGAGGAACGAAGGACUGGUUGUUGUUUGUGUGAAAUACUUGACAGCUUUGGAAAUCUGUACAAGUAAACCAGCUAGUUGUAGGUUUGUACAAGCCACCUUGGGCAAGUUUUGCUAAAAGCAGCAUGAAAAGUCAAGGUACCACCUUUAAAUUUAUAGCAUGGAACAACAAUGGCUGCUAAAUUUAGAUUUGCUCAUUGGGCUGAAGCUUUUCUAUAAAGUAACUUAGACUUUUAAUCACACCUUUCAAUCAGUAGCCCAAAGCCUUAACCACUGAUUCCACUAUUUCCCUUCAUGUGCCAUUGGCAUUAGUUUUCUUGCCUCAAUGUAAAACUAUAUGGAAAAUCAAACAUUACGUAAGGAACCACAUCUCAUGAGAUACACCACCAACAAGACUGGACUGAUCUCAUCCACAUACUGCACUGUUUCUCAGACCUGGCGCUAAACAAACAAUAGUGUUAGUACUUUGUUACAAAGAGAAAGUGUAUUCAUAAAUAUUGUUAUUAUCUGUACUUUCGUAUGAGGUUGCCUGGUGCAAUUACGAACAAUUUUCUUCAUAGAUGUAGGCCAUGUCAAAGUGAGGGCAUUUUUAAUGAACUGUCUGAAGAAGGUUUAAAAUGCUGUUAUAGAAAUAGCGUGUUUGUUCUCUUCCGUUCGAAAUGAUUGCUGUACAGUUUUAUCAAAAAGGCUAUUUUUGUACUUUAGCUUGUAGUUUCUUUCACCUGUAUCGUAAACCAUUGUACAUAUUUCAGAGUUGGCUCAUUUUUGCAUUUUAUUUGUCAAGUUUUCUAACGUGAUAAGUCUUGAAUGUUUAAUUAUUGCUUUUAUUAUUGAUGUUUUUAUUGUUAUAUUUUGGAUUUGAAUUUCUUACCUUUAUAUUUGAAAAGGAAAUUGUUUCGAUUCGAGAUUUCAUAUGAAGCUUUAUAAUCGAAUUCUAAUUUAAUGUCAAUUUAAUUUCAAAUUUAAACCAUUGUAACUAGAUUUAAUUCUGCACAACCUAAGGACAUGUUCACACAUUGGCUCUCAUUGAUCGAUUUUGAAAUCUUUAUUUUUCUUUAUCAAACUGAGCAAUUUACAAGUACAUAUUAAGCUUGAUAAAUGAGAUUAUUAUGAUGGAGCAGAAUUAAAUUAAAUAGGUAUAAAAUCUGAGGUUGUACUUUAAAUUCAAAAUGGAUUUGUGUAAAUCUGAGAAUUUUGUUUUCUUUAAACCAAAACUUCAUACGUAAUCAGGCUAAAACUUAAAAAUUGAGAGGUACGAAAUUCAAAUCCUGGUGGCACAAAUGUCUUAUAUGAUAUAGAAAGAACUGUAGUAUAUUUUACUGUCCUUACUAACGUCCUGACGUAGAACGACGUACUGUGCGGUAUUUUCAAAUCAACGAACAAUGAUGUUUGAUUGCUGCAACAAUUACCAUUUCAGAAAACAGCAAAAUAAGCUCUUUGGAUGGAAAUAUCUGAAAAAAAUUUCACUAUAAAAUGCAAGCGUUUAUAGGUGAACAUACUUUUAUAUUUUUAUACAUUUCUUUAAGGGUAUUUCAUACAUUUAAACAAAAAAUAUCCUGCUUUUAUGAAUAAAAUGGUGAAUAAAAUAAGGCAUAUUCAUGUAAAUAAUAACUUAAUUAAGCCUUACUUUCCACCAAAUAUUAUUACAACACAAGUCUCUGACAAACUUAACCUUCAAAUCUGAGCUGUGUGCAUUUGGUAACUUCAAGUGUGCAUCGACGUUUUUUAGAGAUGAAGCUGACAAAAGCUGACUCAAAAAAAAAAUCGCAAGGUGCAAGAAAAUAUGAACAUCUUCCCAACAUCUUCAUAAAUGUCAUGCUAUAGUUGUGAAUUCACUCAAAGUAUUGCUAACUUCAACAUGCUAAUAUUACUAGGAACGAAGGUCUGGUUGUUGUUUGUGUGAAUUCCUUGCCAUCUUUGGAAAUCUGUACCACCAAAUAGUAGAGAAAUAUUACUGAAAUCUAGAGAAGAUAAUUACACGUCUCUACCAGAUGAAACACAAUUACUGACAGUGAUAUGUAGCGGUUUCUGUUAGCUCUUGGUGGUUGUGUGCUGUAAUUCUUAUUAGCACUGUUGCCAGUGCUUAAUGGUUUGACAUCAAGAUAUAAACUGUCUGAAGGGUUUUCCUGGUGAUGUGACCCAUUCUAGUCGUAUUUGUUGCUUUUGUUAUGCGAUUCAGUGUUUAACAGCUGUCGUAUUAACCUCGGUAGUGUUCCUGUAGUGAGAAAAUGGUGGAGAGAAAUAGAAAAUCUUGCAUAAGGGUUUAUAACGAACUGAAUAUUCAUAAAGUCUGAAACUGAAUCUAUACUGCAAAUCAUAUAAGAAGGGCAAUGAUAUUUUGUGUUUAGUUUUUUCCAGUGUUUAAGUUGUUUUUGUACAGCACCAGCCACCAGAACAUUUCAUAAAUCCCCUGGUUUGUUAAAUACCCAUUAUGUGAUUUCUAUUAAAGCUUCCCUACAUGGUAUAGCCUUAUGUUAAAUUAUGGUUUAUCAGUUUAUAGUCUGCAUAAUUCUUUCAAAAUGAUCUUAAAGUUGGAUUUUGUGCAUUCGUUUAUAACAAUAAACAAAAAAAUGUUUGACUAUAUUUUGUUACAGUGAGUGGAUGCAAUUUAAUGUUUUAUUAAAAAAAUACCUGUUA